CUCUCCCGCUUUCGUGUGUUUGUGUGGCCUUCAUUUUCUUUCAUCUGUCAGAACGUCUCUGUCUCGCCUUCAUUUUUUGAGUCUCUCUCAAUCUCACUUGAGUCUCAUCUCAGUCACACUCGCCGGCGUCUCGUGGUUCGUCUCGCCGACGUCUCGUCGUUCGUCACGCGGCCUUCCUCGUCAUCUCACUCACUCCAGUCUCGUCCCUGGGCUCCUCGUCGCCAGCGGCAGAGGCAACUCGUGGGGUCGUGGCUUGCUUCAUCGCUUUCCGUGGGAUCGUCGUCGCUCGCCGUCUUCUGGUUUCUUUUCGUCGUCGUCGCGUGGACCGUGGACCGUUGGAUCUGAAAUUCGGUUCGAACCGGCCGGUCGAAUCGGUCGAACCAUGAACCGCUGAAGAAAGACUCGGACAAAUGCCAAAAUUGAAUUUCAAAAACUAGAAUUGAACCGGUCGGUCGAACCGAACCAUGAUCCGGUCGGUUUUUUGAAUGGGGAAUGAAACGUCGCCGUUUCAGCUGUUGCACUUAGCCAGCUAGCCCUAACUCCAUCAGUCCAUCUUCCCGUGCCAGAUUCCAGAACGUGAACGCCUCUGCCUCUCUCACACUCGGUCCAGGGCAGGGCUCCUCUCAUUCUCAUCGAGCUCCUGGCCGUCCCUCACCUCCGUCCAGCCACUGCCUCGUGCCGCCGCCGUCGUUCCGUCGAACAGCCACCGUCUGCUCGCUCAGUUUCCCCCCACUGCGCAGCAGCCAUCGAUAUCAACCUUCCCUUCCAUCGCGCAGCCAUCGCAACCUUCCUCCGUUGCGCAGCCACGCCGCCGGCACUGGAUCUGUUCUCCGCAACCACUGUCCCGUUCGAAGCCCGUUCGAAGGUGCUCCACCACUGCUCCUUGUCUUGGUCACUCGGUGUCUCUGUCUCCCUCUUGCAUGCUCUGUUGAAGGCUUCUUCUAGCUUCUAGUGAAGCGUUAUACUGAUCAUGGCGUCUCGUCGUUGCUUCACAAUGUUGAGACGGGCUCGUUUGGCUUCAGUAUUCCUUCGACACUUCACCACAACUCCCAACACCAUCACCCACCACUCUUCUUCAUUGUUGUUGCCACCAUUACUGAGAGUCUUUGACUCUGCCAAAACGGCGUCGUGUUUCCGGCACUACCACGACGGAAGGCCCAGAGGCCCACUUUGGAGAGGAAAGAAGCUCAUUGGCAAAGAGGCGCUCUUUGUCAUUCAAGGUUUGAAGCGCUUCAAGGAUGACCACGACAAACUUCACAAGUUCAUCAAAAACCAUGUCUUGAGGCUCUUGAAGCUCGACUUGAUCGCUGUUCUCACUGAGCUUGAGCGCCAGGAAGAAGUUUCUCUCGCCCUCACGGUUUUUAAGGUGACGCAAAAGCAAGAUUGGUACAUUCCGGAUAAAUACUUGUAUAAGGACUUGAUUAUUGCACUGGCAAGGGCUAAAAAGAUGGACGAAGUAAUGGAAAUGUGGGAAAGCAUGAAAAAGGAGAAUCUCUACCCUGAUUCUCAGACCUAUACUGAGGUUAUAAGAGGCUUCUUGAAGUAUGGAUCUCCUGCAGAUGCGAUGAAUGUGUAUGAGGACAUGAAAAAUUCUCCAGAUCCACCAGAGGAGCUACCAUUCAGGAUUCUGUUGAAAGGGCUCUUGCCUCAUCCACUUCUGAGAAACAAAGUGAAACAAGAUUUUGAGGAAAUUUUUCCUGAUUCAAGUAUAUAUGAUCCACCACAAGAGAUAUUUGGUGUACGCUGAGGAGCUCCAGGCCUUAUGAAGCAUUCUGGAAGGAGCUGAGUUGUGGAACAACCAGGGUAGGAGUUGAGGGCCAAGGCUGUUAUGGAUGGUGCUUCUUGUUUGAGCUUCAUUUUGUAGGUUGAGGGUUUACAUUUACUGAUUAGUCUUUGUAUAUAGUGUUGAGGUGGAUUGAACUUAGAUCGGUUUGAAAGAUGUUGAUGCUCUUUUUCAGUUUCAUCGUCCAUAACUCCAUAUCAGCAAUGUGCAAUUUGUUAUCAAAGAAAAAUAAAUUUUUAGUAUUUGCUGAGCAGCAUGAUGGAUAUUAAACUUUUAAGCAAUGGGUAAUUUUUCCUGUUUCAAUAUG